AUGACGAUGCCGUUCAGCCCCCUCUCCAGCGACGAGGAGCAGCAAAGGAUGCUGGGAAACACUCGCCAUCUCUAUCCAGGGGCGGAGGACGAGGAGGAGGAGGAGGAGGAAGAGGAGGAGGAGAUGGAGGAGGACGACCGUGACGAGGACGGGGAGGAGGAGAACGGCGAGCUGGAGGGGGAAGAGGAGGAUGAGGAGGAGGAGGAGGUGGUGGUGGAGGAGGUCAGGCGAGGGGGCCUGCCGCGCGGGGGCAGGGGCGAGGGGCGCAGGCAGUCGGGCAAAAUGGCCGGACGGCCCGCAGGAGACAGACAGAUGCGGUCGGGCAACCCGGGGCACACGGCGAACCCUUACUCGUCCAAUCCUGGACCCGCACACCAACAGCCAGCCAAUCAGAUGCAGCAGCAGCAGCAGCAGAGGAGGAUGAAGGAGCGCAGCGCCAACUCGGUGCCAUCUGAGGACGCCCACAUCGCUAUGAUGGUGUUUCGCAUCGGCAUCCCGGACAUCAAGCAAACGAAAUGUUUGCGGUUCAACCCGGACGCCACGGUGUGGAAGGCCAAGCAGCAGGUGCUGUGCUCCCUGACUGAAUCUCUGCGGGACGUCCUGAACUACGGCCUGUUCCAGCCCGCCACCGACGGCCACGAUGCCAAGUUCCUGGAGGAGGAGCGGCUGCUCAGAGAGUACCCACAGUCCUUCGAGAAAGGGGUGCCAUACUUGGAGUUUCGAUACAAGACCAGGGUGUACAAACAGACCAAUCUGGAUGAGAAACAGCUGGCCAAACUGCACACCAAGGCCAGCCUGAAGAAGUUCAUGGAUUACAUUCAAACCAGCUCCGUGGACAAGAUGGCCAAGUUCCUAGACAAGGGCCUCGAUCCAAACUACCAGGACUCUGACAAUGGCGAGACUCCCCUGUCCCUGGCGGUGCAGUGUGAGCCGGGGGGAGGCGAGGCCAUCCGGGUCCUGGUGGAGGGCGGCGCUCACAUCGACUUCAGGGCCAAAGACGGACUGACGCCGCUCCACAAGGCCGUGCGGAGCCACAGCCACACGGCCCUGCUGGCUCUGCUGUCUCUGGGUGCGUCUCCGGACUACAAGGACCGGCGAGGGCUGACGCCGCUCUACCACACUGUGCUGACAGGGGGCGACACCUCCUGCUGUGAAACACUGCUUUACCACCGCGCCAAGCUGGGCGUCAGGGACGAGAACGGCUGGGACGAGACACAUCAGGCCUGUCAGAAUGGAAACUCCCAGCACCUGGAGCACCUCCUCUUCUACGGGGCGGACUCCUCCUCCCAGAAUGCCUCUGGAAAUACUGCCUUGCACAUCUGUGCUUUAUACAACAAGGAAAGCUGUGCACGAAUCCUGCUAUACAGGGGAGCGAAUAAAGACACAAAGAAUAACAGUGGGCAGACCCCCUUUCAGGUGGCUGUGAUGUCCGGCCAUUUUGAGCUGGGAGAAAUUAUCAAAAACCACCGCGAGACAGACGUAGUUCCCUUCCUGGAGUCUCCAAAGUACGCCCCCCAGAGGCGGGAGAGCGCUGCCCGCACCCUGGCCGUCCCCCACCCUCACCCCUUCCUGCGGGCCAACAGCGACAACAGCAUGAACCUGCCGGACUGGAUGGCAGGGCCCAACACCCCGGGCUCCAACAUCGUUUCUGUGCAGGGUUAUAAACACACUGGUACCCUGCGGAGCUCCAGUAGUCCCAGAGGGGCGAGGACUCGCUCUCCGUCCCGAGGGAGGAUCGGAGACAAGGAGGACCGGAGCCGGCAGAGUCGGAGGCAGGGGCCCGUCCCCGUCACCACCGUCGGACAGACUGCGGGCCAGCGGAGACGCCUCUACAGCGCCGUCCCGGGACGCGUCUUUAUCGCCACACGAGCGCACUCUGCCCAGGGAGACCGUGAACUCACCUUCAACAAGGGAGACCGGGUCAAAGUGCUGAGCGUCGGCGAGGGCGGCUUCUGGGAGGGGACGGUCAGGGGCCGCACCGGCUGGUUCCCCUCCGAUUGCGUGGAGGAAGUGGCGCCUCGAAGCCAAGACAGCCGAUCAGAGAGCCGUGGAGAGCGAGCCAAGAGGCUGUUCCGCCAUUACACCGUGGGAUCCUACGACAGCUUCGACGCUCCCAGUGACUAUAUAAUCAAGGAGAAGACAGUGCUUCUGCAGAAAAAAGACAGCGAGGGUUUCGGCUUUGUGCUGAGAGGGGCCAAGGCUCAGACUCCCAUCGAGGAGUUUACUCCAACCCCGGCAUUCCCAGCCCUGCAGUACCUGGAGUCUGUGGACGAGGGAGGUGUGGCCUGGAGAGCCGGCCUCAGGAUGGGAGACUUCCUCAUAGAGGUGAACGGUCAGAACGUGGUGAAGGUGGGUCACCGGCAGGUCGUCAACAUGAUCCGGCAAGGCGGCAACAGCCUCAUGGUCAAGGUUGUCAUGGUAACCCGUAACCCCGACAUGGACGAGGGUCCCAGGAAGAAAAUCCCCCAGCAGAGCAAAAGGCUGAGCACUCCGGCCAUCGCCCUGCGCUCCAAAUCCAUGACUUCGGAGCUGGAGGAGAUGGUGGAGAGAGCUGCUACCCCUUGGAAAAAAAAAUCAGAAUUCGAGUCUUCACAAGUUACAGAGAAGAAGAGGACAGUCUAUCAGAUGGCUUUGAAUAAACUUGAUGAAAUUCUUGCAGCAGCUCAGCAGACAAUCAGCACCAACGAGGGGCCUGGGACACGGGGACCGGGGGCAAAAAGAGACAGGGGACGAAGUUUCUACGGCAACGAGCCAAACUACGGGGAUCAGGCGGGGAUGGGGAUGAUGUCGUCGGGUGCGGGCCUUGGCUAUGACCGUAGCCAGUACACCUCGGGUCACGGCCCACAGCACGGUAUGCUGCGGCAGAAAUCCAUCGGGGUGCCCGAGGAGGAGAAGCAGUUCCUGCAUCCUCCGAGCAUGAAGUUUGCCCGCAGUCUGUCGGUACCCGGUCCCGAUGACAUCCCCCCUCCCCCCACCACCGCGCCGCCAGACCCUCCAUUUUCCUCCGCUCCUCCCUUGGGAUGGAGAGGCAAGUCGUCCCAGCAGCCCUCCGUCUCCGUGUCCCAGUCCACCUCCACCUCUGCACACUACCAGCUCUACUCCCAGGCAGUGCACUUCACCCACGGGGGCAGGGAGAGGGCAGGGGGUCCCAGCACCGGUCCAGGGGGCGGGGCAGUGGACCAUGCACCCUCGUACGCACACGCGGCCGCCCACACCGCUCAGAGCAGGACAGCCUCUCGGAAGGUCAGCUACCCAGGGGAGACAGUCGGAGCCAGCGUAGGGGCCGGAGCAGCGGCCAAGGCAGCAGGUCUGAGGAGAGGCUACAGCACCGCCGUCCCCCCCUCCAGCAUUGCCACAGUGAUUCCCCAGCAACAGACCACCCAGAGCCAAGCGCAGCGGGUGGACCGCAGCGGACCUGGGGCUGGAGCAGCGGCUCCUAAAGGAGCCACCCGGAGAGGCAAGGGACCCCUGGUGAAGCAAUCCAAGGUAGAGGACCUGCGUGUGGGCCAGGGGACGCUGGGGGGCAAGGGAUCGGUGGAGAAGAGCUCCAUUCCCAUUCCUACCAUCAUCGUCAAAGCUCCCUCCACCAGCAGCAGCGGGCGCAGCAGCCAGGGCAGCAGCGUGGAGGCUGACGCUGCUCCCUCAGGGGAGACAGAUGGAGCCAAAGCACCCCACGGACCUCCUCCCUCCACUCCGGCUCCACAGCCCCCUGCCCCGCCCUCCAUCCCUGCCCCUCCACCCCCGUCCUUGCCUUCAAUUCGUGCCCAGGAUAAUCUGGACUACACCAGCCAGUUUGGGGCUGCUAUCGUUGGCGCAGCCCGCCGAGACAGAGAACGCUUCCACGAAGCCCGCAGAAAGAGUGCCUCCUUUUUCAUGUCUGCCGAGGAGGAUGUGGUUCUCGGGGGACCUGGGGGAAUCAGCAGUGGAGUGGGAGGAGUAACAAGGACUCAGGUCACACAGCAACAGCUCAGCACCCAGCCCGAAAGCUCCUCCACGCGGCUGCGGCCGUCCAAGUCCAUUGACGAGGGCAUGUUCUCCGGGGACACCUUCAUCCACCACACUCGCAGCAUGCCUCCGGCCUUUGGCCUGCCUGAGUAUUCCUCCCCCGCCACGGACUACCAGCCAAAGUCUGUGCCUGCCGAGUUCUACGCAGCGGCAGGGAGGCAGCCCGCGCCCUCCACCACCACCACCUUCAUCCAUCCUCUGACAGGGAAGGUCCUCGACCCCACGUCGCCACUGGGACUGGCUCUGGCUGCCAGGGAACGCGCUCUGAAGGACGACGGCAGGUUGAGGAGGGGAUCUGAGCACCAGUUCACCCGCCAAAUGUCCAGUGUUGUGUUCCCUUCGUCCGCCGUCACCUCUCAGGCGGUGUCGUCCGCCGUCCAGUCCUCCAGCUCCUCCUACCUGGUCACGUCCUCCUCCCUGGCCGCCACCACACCCAGCGUCGGCCGCCCGCCCUCACCCAGAAUCCUCAGAGGGGCCGGGGGCGUUUGGGGUGAGGACGGCGGCGGAGGGGAGAGGGAACGGGAGGGCGGAGGGGCCCGAGAGGGGCUGAGGGUUCGCUUUUCCGAGGACAAAACGGUGCACACGCACCACUACCAGUCCCAACCCUAUCAGCCAACGUACAAGGAAAGGGAGAGGGAGAAGGAGCGGGAGAGGGAGCGGGAGCGGGAGAGAUCGAGAGAGAGGGACAGGGAGUUGUCGAGGGAACGGGACGCCGCUCAGCACGCGGCACAAGCCUCUCACUCCCAGCAGCCUCGGCGGCCCUCGUUCCUCAGGAUGGAAAGCGAAGCGGGCACCUACAUCCUGUCCCUCACUCCUCCCUCUCCUCCACCCACCGGCACCCAGCAGCCGGUCAGCGGCGCUGGGAGCUCCGGGAGCGGCCUGAUGGUUCUCCCUCCUCCCGCCCCGUCCGUCGACGCAGACGACGAGUUCGUUUUCGCGGACCCCCUCCCGCCUCCCUUAGAGUUUGCCAACAGCUUCGACAGGGGAUUGGGAAUUUCAGGGUACACGCAACACGGGAUGAUCACCAACACCCUGACCUCCCGCCAACAGCAGCCCCCGCCGCCUCCGCCUCCUCCUCCUCCUCCACCACCGCCGCCGCCUCCGCCCCCCCAAAAAGAACCUUUCAUAAGCGGGUUUCCGGCUCAUACACCCCUCCCCUCGCCCCAGGCAGGGGACUCCACCGCCUCCAGCCUCACGUCUUAUGACAGCGAGGUGGCUAACUUGACCCAGUCGGCUCCUUCCCCCUCCCAGACGUCCCCCAACCCCCAGCCCCCUCCCUCGCCCGCCACCCUGCAGCCGACGUCCAUAGGGGGACCCCCGCCUCCCCCGUCAGUCUCACCGCCGCCCCCGCCUGGCUCUUUCCACAGGCCUUUCUCUAUUUCCCACCCACACCACCUGUACAACAGCACCCACACUCCCGGACGCUCCUCGCCGACGCCCCCGCCUCACACCGUCGCGCCUCCUCCGGCCUACCGCGGCCCCUUGAUGCCCUCCUCCGCCGCUGCCACCUCUGCCCCGCACCGGGGCGCCGCCUCCCUCACCACGACCGCUAGCUGUGCCGCCACCACCACCACUGCUGCCACCGCCACAAGCACCUCCACUCAGCUCUACCACGAGCGAACGCACACCACACACACUGCGCACGCCUCCUCCUCGAUCGCGGUCUCGAGCGGCCGCAGGACCGGGGAGCACCACCAUCCUCCCCCCGCCGCCAAGACGGGAGAGUCCCAGGAGACGGUGGUGGACUCCGGGAUCGAGGAGCUGGACAGUCGCAGCAGUAGCGACCACCACCUGGACAGCAUCCUGGCUCUGAGCGGGGCGGGGGUCAGGGGAGACCGGCUGGACCGAGGGGAGAGAGGAGGCACCGGGGGAGGGUUGGGGAUGGGAGGUGUGACGGGGGACACGGAGAGGGGAGGAGGAGAUUUGCUGGAGUCCUACGUGAGCUACCUGGACGGACAAACCUUCGAGAUGCAGAACGCCACGGCGGCGGCCUCCACCUACCCGAAAACCAACCGGUUCCGAGACGGGGGUCGCGCCGGAGACCUCCGCAGACAGACCAGCACCGCCCCCGCCUCCUUCCACUCCCACCGACGGAAGGAGGAGCACGAAGAGGAGGAGGCGGAGGAGGGAGAGGCCGAGGAUGACAGCUAUGGGGUGAGGGACUCGCAGAAUUUGGGACGUCCGACAUCGCCGUACUUUGAUCGCCCACGCACCCCGGAGAUGAAGCCUCUGUGGGGCGAGGGCCAAAUGGCCGGUGAAGGAGGACCGUCCGGGACGUUUCUGGAGGGGAGGAAGAUUUACCCUCCUCCUUCCAGUAUGAAGCCAAGCAUCAUCAAUGAGCUGAGCAGCAAACUGCAGCAAAGAGGCAAGGACAGCUGGAGCAGCCAGAGACCGCUCAGCAGACACAGAAACAGGUUUUCAGAAGACUCGGCCUCAGCUCUCAGCCCCCCCUCAGUUCGCUCCCAGUCGCCUUCCCCGGUCUCGCUGUCCCAGCCUGCGCUGUCCCCGUCACCCACCCCGGCCUCCCAGUACCCCAACUGGGGCCGAUCCCCGUCCCCCCAGCCGUCAGCUGCCUCUCAGCCUCCACGUUCGCAUUCCCCUCUGUCCCCGACAUCCUACUCCCCCUACCCCACCUCCCCCAAACACAGACCCGUCUACCGGACCAAAGCCCUGGAGUUCCAGUUCAUCCCCAGCCGGGAGUCCCGCAAGGCAGAGUCCCACAUCCUCCAGCGUAGACGAGCGCCGAGCCCCCUCAUUUCCCCGUCAGAGAGGCCCAAGACGGGACCGCCACGCCCCUCCUCUCUCCCUCUCCUCCCAACCACUCCCCUGUACAGUGCCAUCUACGACCUCCGAGGCUCCAUCACGCCUCCGUCACCCGGGAACCCCCUGGGAGACCCCUAUUUCUCACCUUCCCCUCCCCUGUUUGCUCCCUCGGGCGCCCCUCCUCCUCCGAACUCCACCCUUGUGGUUUCUCGCUCCCUCUCUCCGACUCACUUCCUGUCCGGGACCUCUUCCCCGCCCCUGCAUCCUCUCCCUCCGCCGCCCUGCCUGAGUUACCCCCAUCUCCCGCCCCCGUCCCCGACCAAGCCCUUCGCCUCCAAGCCGCUGCCCUAUUGGACCAAGUACGACGUGGCUGAUUGGCUGGGAUACCUUAACCUGGGCGAGCACCGGGAGCGUUUCCUGGACAACGAGAUCGACGGCACCCACCUGCCCUCCCUCACGAAGGAAGACUACCUGGAUUUGGGGGUGACGCGCGUGGGGCACCGCAUGAACAUCGAGCGUGCCCUGAGGAGAGUGAUGGACAGGCUGUCCAGCAGCCCGUUCCCCAUCUCUGUCCUCUCACCUCGGGACGGACGGAGCGAGCGGAGGAGGGACGACGGGAACCGGAGCUGAGGUUGCAAACGCGAAGACGAAGGGAGGGAGAGACGGAGGGGUCGGAGUCAAUGAGGGAGGAAGACACAACUGCUGCUACCCACGGUGGAUUCACACGACAAAUGAGGGGGGACCAGAUUUCACACAGAGAGAGGGAGUGAAGGCCCGAAGGGAGAGGGAAACACAGGGACGGAAAAAGGGCUGACGAUCCAUAAAGACACCGGCUGGCGCUCCCCAGUUGUCGCAGGCUGAUUUACACAAAUACAAUCUCCACAUGCAUGCACAGCCACACACACACACACACACACACCGAUCCACAAUGCAACGGCUGAGGCAGCAGAUAUUAGGAAAUACGAGCAAAGAAUAGUGACGAAACAUAACCAAAUACUUGAGAGGAACAAUCAAAAGCCAAUCAGCUUUUAUUUUUUUCCUUUUUUUAAUUUUUUUUUUUUUUUUUUCAAUCUGAGCAGUUUGUGUCGUUGGUGAGCCGGACAGGAGCGAGGUGUUCUUAUCGAAGCGUCCUCUUGCCCCUCA